UUUUACGAUAUUCCACGGAACAAUUGAAUAACGUAACGCUAUUUGAGGCAGCGACGUGUUUUAAACAAUCGUCACAAUUGUUAGGUACGCGAAACGGUUUCCGUCAACCCUGCAAGUGUCUGCUCUAAAAACAAUCUCGAUUGCUUGAAACUAUAGAUACUUAAACGGACCAAGAAUAUAUAAUUAAAUGUAAAACGUACCUGCGAGUCUCCACGCCGAUUUCGCAAUCGUUAAACUAACUGCAGCAUUGAGCGAAGCCAUUCAUCGUAGACGAGAUUUCGACGGAAGUUGGAUGCGUUCCUACUCGUCCAUAAGUUGUUUCGCAUUUCGGUGAAACUUUUGUCGAAGUUCUCAUCACGCCGCGAUCUAUGAUCUGCACCCUUCAACGAUAGCAAAAAUCAAUUUGAAAAUCCAGCUAUAACCUUCGGCGUCAUCGGAUGUUGAAGAAUCGAUUGAAAUCAAAAGAAUCGGAAGAAGGUAAUCAACAUAGAUUGAUUGGAACAAAUAAUAAUCGGUGAAAAUUCUGUUCGCAAUAAAAUUUCGGUUUCCGACACAUGAGACGUAUACGCAAAAAUUUUUCACAUAAAAAUGACAGUGUCGAAAGUUGUGAACCGUUCCGAAAUGGAAAACAAAGCUGGAUCAUGUUUGGUAUCUUGAAGUAAGGAGUGAAAUCAGAAAAACCAAAACAGAAGAUAAGAAAAAAAAUAAAAAAAAAAACGGCAACGAUCAAAAAACUAUAAAGAGAGGAAGAAACUGAACAGAAACUAAAAAAUAAAAAAAAUAAAAAUAAAAAAAAAAUCAUUCCUGUUACGUAUCUGCUGAGCGAGAUACCAGGUUGACAGGCGAUUAGCCGGCGCUCCUUGGCUUCGUAAUUCAUAAAUAAAAACAAUAAUUUUGCGGAGCGAUAACCGCGAUCGGCAGAUAUCGGGGUGCGAACCAAUGAGCGAGGGGAGCCGGGGUUCAGAAAGACAAAACCCGCGGACCCGACGAAAAGUUCGACAUUCUUUCAUUUCACACGCGGGGAUUCUUCGCCGGCGAUUUAACCAGGGCCGAUUCUCCACGGAGGAGUACCGAUUUUCAUCGUCAACGUUAAAGAUCGCCAAGACUGAACAUGGGCUUCGAUUUCUUGGCAGAUGGAGGCGCCGACUUCGAACAUGCCAUCACCGUCACAGGUUUCGGAAAAUUUCAUUUCUCGCUGCUCGCCGUCAGCGGGCUGAUCUACAUGAACACUGCGAUCGGCAUAACGAUAUUGUCCUUCGUUUUGCCGGCGGCAAGUUGCGACUUGGAGAUGGAUUCGACGGCGAAGGGAUAUUUGACCGCGGCUCCUAUGCUGGGUAUGGUGAUCGGUUCCUACAUUUGGGGCUGCUUGGCUGACACUAAGGGUCGGAAAGUGGUGUUGAUAGCAACGUUGCUGAUGGACGGUAUCGUCGGUGUGAUUUCGUCCUUCGUCCAGUACUAUUGGGUGUUUCUGGUUUUCCGAUUCUUCAACGGAUUCGCCAUUACCGGUGCCAUGGGAAUCUGCUUCCCUUACCUUGGAGAAUUUCAACCAACGAAAUACCGAGAGAAGAUCCUUUGCUGGAUGGAGAUGUUCUGGACGGUUGGAGUGAUAGUCCUGCCUCUUAUCGCAUGGCUGAUCAUCCCGUUAAACGUAACGUACGAGUCGGACACGUUCUACUUCAAGUCAUGGAACCUAUUCGUCAGCAUUUGCGCGCUUCCAUCGUUGAUGAUUGGUCUCUGGCUUUUCGCCUUCCCGGAGAGCCCGAAGUUCCUGCUGGAGUGCGGAGAAUACGACAAGGCUCUGGACGUUCUCAGGUACAUAUACGCCCAGAACACCGGAAACGAUCCAGCCGACUAUCCGGUGAAGAGUCUCCGCGAGAAGCCCAACGCCCCAGAGAGGAGUCCCCGGAAACUGAAGCUUCACAAACGGAAGGAACUCUCCCAGCUGAUGGCCGAGGUCUGGGACAUGACCAAGGCUCUUUGCAAGCCUCCGUACCUUCGCAACACCUGGAUCACAUGCGUUAUCCAGUUCGGUCUUACCAGCAGCUACUACACACUGAUGGUCUGGUUCCCAGAGCUGUUCACCAGGUUCGAAGAGUUCGAGCUGAAUUAUCCGGGAGAGACGACUUCGGUCUGCAUAGUUUCAUCAUUGGAGGACAACUCGACAUCGAGUGAUCCUUACGGUUGCCAAGAGGAGAUAGCGAGCUCGGUGUACCUGCACACUGUCUACAUCGGCCUAGCCUGCAUCCCUGGUUCCAUAAUCCUUCCGCUUUUCGUUCACAAGCUCGGAGCAAAGUUCUUCCUGAUUGCUUCACUACUGAUAUCGGGUGCCGUUACGAUCGGCUUCUACUUCGUCAUAAACGCUGAUCAGAACCUGAUACUUUCCUGCAUUUUCGAAGCUCUCACUUCCCUCGGCAUCUCCUUACUCUAUUGCAUAAUCGUUGAUCUGUUUCCAACAAAUCUCAGGGUGAUGGCAGCAGCUCUUUCGCUGACCAUGGGUCGACUGGGUGCAUUGAUAGGUAAUCUUGUCUUCGGAUACCUGAUCGAUCUUGCCUGCGUCGUGCCGAUCGUCCUCUUCGCAGCCUUCCUGUUCAUUACCGGAUUCCUGUCGUUCAUGCUCCCAAAAACCGGAAAAGAGACUCUGGAAUGACGAAACCAAUGGUUAUAAACAAGACGUAUGAGUUCAUCAGUCAAAAACCAAAGGAUCGAUCGUAACUUCUUUCAUUCGUCAAACAUGCAUGAUCCAGUAAUUGGAAGCUGCGAUUCCUCUUCAUUUUUCAUUUUCAAAAUCGCAUACAUACAACACGCACGCGAUGCGUUUUAAAUUAUGAUUCAUUUCCAUCGUCGUUUCUUCUCAACCAUUUUUUCUAGCAUCGUAGUCAUUUUCACACGAAAAAAAUUCAGCUGCCUCUGAAUAUGUAUAUAUA